GAUACUGUCAAUCACCACAUUUACAAUUAAAUGGUUGUUUUACCAUGGCAUCAAGGGGACGACGCGGAAGGCCACAGUUGAACCCGGGAUUUGGAAAACCCGACACGAAAAACGGAACUACUAUCCACCCUACAAUCCUUAAACAAGCAAGGAAAAGUGGACAGUUGAAUCUGUCCGGUCGGAGCUUUACUGCAGUCCCUGAUGCGGUAUGGAACCUCUACACAGAUGUACCAGAGGAAAGUAAAGAUGUGUCUCUAGACAAUUCAGAGGACAGAUGGUGGGACUCGGCUGAGUUGACAAAACUAAUUCUAGCUUCUAAUUGGCUCACUUCACUUUCUGAAAACCUGGGUAACUUUGGAGCUCUGACUGUUCUAGAUUUGCAUGAUAAUCGAUUAGAGUGCCUCCCAAAGGCACUUGGAGGUUUGAAAAAUCUUCAGAAGCUAGAUAUAAGCCGAAACAAGCUGUACGAAUUGCCGGAAUGUGUCACGGAGGCGGUGGCUUUGAGAACUCUUCUCAUCGCUCACAAUCAGAUAACAAGGAUAGACGAACGAAUCGGGAACCUCAACAACCUAGAAGAUCUGGAAGUGUCAAACAACCAGUUACAGUCCCUACCUCGGAGGAUAGGCCAUUUGUCCCGACUCAGCAAGCUUAAUGCGUCUAAUAACAAAAUACAGAGGAUUCCACCAGAAAUUGGUUCAAUGUUUGGACUGCGGUACUUUGACCUGACACACAAUCAGCUGGGGGAGCUACCAGAUGAAAUGGGACAGCUACUUUACCUAGAACAGCUGUAUGUACGACACAACCACCUGGCUGACAUACCCUUACUCAGUCAGUGCAGUAAGCUGAAGGAACUACAUCUGGGGAACAACCGUAUCCAACAGAUUACAACGGACCACCUGGAGUGUCUCAAGUCUGUUACAGUGUUGGAUCUCCGUGACAACCAACUGGCUGUCCUUCCGGACUCCAUCACCCUUCUAGAGGGACUGGAGAGGCUCGAUCUGACCAAUAACGACCUUCCUGGGCUUCCUUUUACCUUGGGAUUAAUUGUUUCAUUGAAAUCCAUUGUCCUGGAUGGAAACCCGAUGAAGUCAAUCAGACGAGAUAUCAUUAUGAGAGGAACAAUGGAGCUGAAGAAGUAUCUACAGAGUCGUAUAGACGAACCUAAACCACCGCCAAUCAGCUCCCAGGGGCUGGAGUCGACGGAGGGACAGUCAGGAAUUGUUGGGGGUUCAGGUGAAGGGGUCAGUGCCCACGACAUGCACACCUCCAAAUUACUGGAUUACAGUGGCAAGCAGGCUAUAGAAGUGCCACUAGAUGUCUGGGCUGUAGCCGAGAAAUCCGGAGUCAUGACAGUCGACAUUAGUAAAAACAAGUUCUCUGAGUUACCGGACAAUCUCAUGCUGCUACAGGACACCCUGAAAGUGCUCAAUCUGGGUUUCAAUCGCUUUAGCACACUCCACCCAGACAUCAGCCUUUUCAUGAACCUAGUUUCUCUGGAUCUCCGGAACAACUCUUUGUCAGAGCUGCCUUCCGAUAUGGAAUCCCUGGAGAACAUGAGAGAUAUUUUCCUGUCCUGUAACAGGUUUACUCGAAUUCCUCCAGUGUUAUUUGAGCUGAAGAAACUCGAGAUAUUGUUCAUGGACAACUGUAAGGUGGACACAAUAGAUGCGGCUGGUGUGUGCUCAUUACCCAAGAUAGGAACUCUGGACCUACAGAACAAUAAUGUAUCACAAGUUCCUCCCGAACUUGGAAAUUGUACUCAGCUCAAGAGUUUGCAAAUUGCCGGGAAUCCUUUCAGAAACCCACGACCAGCGGUACUGGCUAAGGGAACAUUAGCACUGUUGGAAUACCUUCGUAAUAAAAUAGUUUAAUAAACUUGGCGGUUAUGAUCAAGAUUUCUCAAGAUACUGCAUUUUCUGAGGAGUUCCGUAUUUUAUAAAACGCUUCUGGAGGAAAGAAAUGAAUUGAACUUAGUAAUUACCAAAACUUUUUCAUGCCAUUUUCAUUGAAUGAUAUGGAGUCCAAUACAGUCUUGUAAAGACACACUAUGUCAAUACUUAGGUUUCCAUGAUGCUUUUUUUUUUAUCUGAGACAGACAAGUUACUAUAGUUACAAUUGUCAUCAGUUUUUGGAGUAAGUUUUUGGAAAGCUUCUAAGUCCUUAAGUAUACAACCUACAGCCUUCCAAGUUGAUGUUGUUCAACGCUCCCUACCCAUUUCUGUUUGCGUGUUUCUCCGGAAGCUGAGAAAUAAGCAGUGUUGUCGUGGCUGUAUCCAAAGGGCAAGACACUUUAGCCUUAUUCCUCUUGAUGGCAUACGACAUGCCUCUGGUAUGUUCUUCAUUGAAGUAGUCACCAACUACUACAAGGAGGCCCUGCCUCAGAAUGACCUUGUCUGUUCAUGGGGCGAUAAACCAACCAAGCAAACAAACAAACAAUUCAAUUUGGGGUUUACAUUCACUAGAGGUCAGGGAGCGAUAUUAUUGUAAAAUAAUAGGGAAAUAUUUUGAUCUUUUUUUUUUCAAAUUGACCAUGUUUUGAACUUUAAAAAAAAAAUUUCAUCAGAACUCACUCUAAAGUUUUAAAAAGUCUUCCAAGUUCUAUACCACACCCUUCUCAUUUGGUCAAUACAAUCAUUAUAGGUAUGUAGCUAUGAUAAAUAAGAAUUGAGUGUUAGAAACAUUUGGAAUUUUUUUCUGAAUUUUCACAAAUUUUGUUUGUAAUACUUCAUCAAAGCUUAGUUUGUUGCGAUUACUUUUAGAAUUUAUAUAAAGUUUACAAAACUAUCUGAUGUUCCUGUAUCAGAUGCAUUAACUUUUCAUCAAGAUGGAUGCUGCCAAUGAGCUUAACAGUCAUUGAAUACACUUGUUAAUUUCACUAGUCAAUAUAUAGUCAGCUACGCUUACAACAGAAUUUUAGGAGUCAUGAAAAACAUGUUAUUCCUGAUUCACACGAUUUAUAGUGAAGCAAAUCUGGUCUUAAAUAUUUCAUUGUCGACGAAAUUUGGUGGUUUCUGACUAACUUAAUACAAAAUGCAGCAUCAUCAGUCAUUUGUUUGAAUAUUUUUCUGAUGGCAUUUGAGACAUUUGAAUUUACAGGGUUUUACUGAACAUUAAUAAAAUAUAACUAUGCAAUGUGCCAACUUAAAUAGGUUUAUUAAUGAGUUUAUGUUUAAGACACCACCUCAAUCAACUGUUACUUAAUGUUUUAAAUAUAUAUGUACUUACAUUUGUUUUGAAUUUCUUGUACAGGUCAAUGAUUUUGUAAACAUACAAGUUCUGGCGAUAUAAUUUCUUGAGUGUAUGAUAUCUGCUAACUUACAUUGUUCAGUCCUACGUUAUCGUGUUGGCGAGCUAUUACACGAAACCUGACUUUACCGGCAUACUCCCAACAUCUGACCUACAUGCACUUUGGCAGAAGUUUGAUGUUAGUCGGCACAUAUGAGAUUUUUAAAAGGCCAAUAAAAGUUCCCGCCUUAUCCACCAGCUUUACCAUCAUUGCUGACUCUGACUUCACUGAUAGACUGUCAUAUUCCACACAAUGACUGUACAAUUGUAUAGGUAAAGUCUGGUUUCAUUGUACGUUUAUAUCUAUCUGUAGAAUAAUAGAAUCUAACAGGGGUCUGUUCCGUGGACAGGGAUAUCUCAACCCGAGUGUAAGAGUUUGGCCAGUCAGCACGAGGCUUGCCAAGUGCUGGCCAGCCAAACUCUUACACGAGGGUCGAGAUAUCCUUGUUCGCGGAACUGACCCAUGAUUGAUAAUUUUUCUCACAUACUUGCAACCAAACGUAAGUUUUUAUGAAAGUUUUUCAUCGCGCCAUCUUCAAUGCUCCUUGGAAUGUGCGUCAAAAUUUAUGACAUCAUUUACGACUUGGUUACUCAACAUAAACUGACGACGUUGCGCUAUUGUGAGCGGCGUCAUAUAGAGCGUGCUGGCGGUCUUUACCCACCCUGUGUAAGAUCGAUUUAUCUUUUCCCUAGCAACCGCCGGAUAACCCUGUGAAGUAUGUGAGAACUGUCUUUCAGUACUGUGUGACAGUUAUCUCUUUGCACCAUGAUAGUGUGGAUUUUCUGUAAUAACACAUUUUAUAUUUACGCCAGUGUGUUCACAUGAAAAACAAUUCACUUUUUUUCUUGAAAACUUGAUUUAAUGGUUGUUUUGUUUUGAUUUAUGUGCUUGUAGCUUUUUGGAAUGAUGUGUGAUUUUGUUAAUUAUAAAUAAUUUGGAUUCAGUUUUUGUGAACGUUGUGUCCGUGUCAAGGUUUAAAGCAUUAACACUUAAAUUGAAGGUUCUAAAGAGAAAGAAACCAGAGAAAAGCAUUUACACUUUAAUUGAAGGUUCUAAAGAGAAAGAAACCAGAGAAGUGUAGUUUGUGUUUCUAAUGAAGAAUAUUAUAAUUUUAAUAUUUCUUCUGUGAGUUUUUGAAGUGUUCAUUUGGAAGAAUGUGAUAUAAUUUUCAAAUCAGUAAUGAAUGUGUACACAUGUGAUAUUUUGAUAAACAAAUAAUAUAUCUGAUUCAAUAGAUCUUUAUUAUUAAACAGUUAUAAGCUUAAA